CUAUAAGUACAAACGAAGCAUAUUGGGUGGAGGAGAGCGCAAUGUGUGAAGCCAAAGAAAUGGAGGGUGAGCUCAAGAACUUCAUCAGGUUAUGUGUUUUGACCAUAGCAUUUCUUCUCUAUAGUUACUUUAUUGCAGCAAAGAUUCCAAAGGGCUUGCUAAGGCUCAUCUCCCUCCUCCCUGUCAUCACCCUCCUAUCUAUCCUCCCCUUUGACCUCAACAGCUUGCAUAUCGGUUUCCCGACCUGGUGUUUCGUCGCUUGGCUUGCCAACUUCAAGCUUCUCUUAUUCGCCUUCGAUCAAGGCCCUUUGUCAGUACCUAAACAUGAUCUUCUUCGUUUCAUCCUCAUGGCUUGUUUCCCUUUCAAAAUCAAACAAAACCCAUCUCCAAAAAAACCAUUUGAAACCAAGACUAAUCCAACUUUGGAGGCUGCAACUAGAGCUACAAUUUUAUGGACAGCAGUUUAUACUUACAAAAACUAUGAACACUACUUUCACAAACACGUUUUAUUCAUUUAUUUUUUCUACACUUACCAUGCAUUACAACUUCUCCUUGCCUUGGCUGCAACCCCAGCUCAACUCCUCCUUGGCGUUGAACUCGAGCCACAGUUCAACGCACCACUCUUUUCCACUUCGCUACAAGAUUUUUGGGGCCAUAGGUGGAACCUUAGGGUCUCAGAGAUUCUACGUGCCACCGCGUAUAUUCCCGUACAUCGUAUUUCUACGCGUAUAAUUGGACCUCGAUGGGCCUCAUUGCCUGGUGUUUUUCUGACAUUUUUAGUCUCGGGUUUGAUGCACGAAUUGCUUGUUUAUCAUAUGACCCGUGAAAGACCGACAUGGGAAAUGACUUGGUUCUUCAUCUUGCAAGGAGUUUUCGUGGAUAUGGAGAUAGUAUUGAAGAAAAAAUUGGUGGCGACCAACCAAUUUCGGCUUCACAAGGCAAUUUCAGGACCAUUGACUCUGGCAAAUAUAGCACUGAUUGCUGGCUGGCUGUCUUAUACACAAGCUCUGCGAAAUGGUAUAGAUGAGAAACUCAUCAAAGAAUUCAAUAUGUUCAUGCAGUUUCUCAAGGGCAUGGCUAUAAGCAAACGCUAAGUGAUUGCUCCACUAGUGAAGGCCAAAUGGCUUGUGAUAGGUAGAGUAAACAUAUGCAGCUCCUUCAAUAAUUCCUUGCUACUACUUUCAUAAUAUUUUAUUAUAUAUAUGUUUAGCUGCUGUAGCUGUUAAUUAGUUUUAUUGAAAAAUCAUUAAGAUUUUUUUUUUAUAAUUUGAGGAAGAAGAUUCAAAUCUUACUCUUUAAGUAAGAAAUCAUGCAUCAAUUAAUAAGUCGACUAUUUGAAUGUAAAAAUCAUUAAGAU